AUGACUGGAAGAAGGAACAGUACGAUGAUUAACAAGUUCAUUCUCUUGGGAUUCUCUGAAUUUCCAAAACUCACCAUUGUCCUCUUUUCAGUAUUCCUAGGGAUCUACCUGAUAACAGUGUCCUGGAACGUGGGCCUCAUCACCCUCAUCAGGACCGACCCCUCUCUGCACACACCUAUGUACUUUUUCCUCAGUAACCUGUCCUUGCUGGACAUCUGCUAUGUUUCCACUAUCGCCCCCAGGAUGCUCUCAGACUUCUUCAAGAAGCACAAAUCCAUCUCCUUGAUGGGGUGUACCACACAGUACUUCUUCUUCUCUAGCCUGGGUCUGACUGAAUGCUGUCUCCUGGCAGCCAUGGCUUAUGACAGGUACGCUGCCAUUUGUAACCCUCUGCUCUACACGGCCAUCAUGUCCCCCACCCUCUGUGUGCAGAUGGUGGCAGCGUCUUGUAUAACGGGAUUCUUUGGCUCAUUGAUCCAAUUCUGCGCCUUACUUCAGCUGCAUUUCUGUGGGCCAAAUGUCAUCAACCAUUUCUUUUGUGACGUGCCCCAGUUGCUAAUCCUAUCCUGCUCUGACACCUUUUAUUUUCAAGUCAUGAUGUCUGUGCUCACAGUGAUCUUUGGGCUCAUAUCUGCCUUGGUUAUUAUGAUAUCCUAUGGUUAUAUCGUUGCCACCAUUCUGAAGAUCACUUCAGCUGAAGGCAGGUGCAAGGCCUUCAACACCUGUGCUUCUCACCUGACCGCAGUGACCCUCUUCUUUGGCUCAGGCGUCUUUGUUUAUAUGUAUCCUACUUCUGGCGAUUCCCAGAGCCAAAACAAGUUGGCAUCGGUCUUAUACACUACUGUCAUCCCCAUGCUAAAUCCAUUGAUCUACAGCCUGAGAAAUAAGGAAAUCAAAGAUGCCCUAAACAGAUGGAAGAAGAGAAUCUUCUCCUGGCGUUACUAA